AUGUCUCGUCGUCACUCCGAUUCCAAGCGACGCCAUUCUAGAUUCGAUCCACAACCGAGCCCCAAGAGAUAUAGGAGGGAUGGAUAUGGAAAAGAUGGGAAAGAGAGAGUGGCAAAUAGCGGAAACGUUCAAGAUAGAGACAAUCGCCAGCUGAAUGAACACGAUCCUCCUUCGGCUAAGCAACAAUCUGCCUCUCGUUACAACAGAUCAAAUGAUCAGCAUGCACCUCAUCCCGCUCAACACGACAAACGAGGUAGCAUUGGGCAGGUUGGCCAAAGCACAGGUCAAAGAAAAUCAGGUGAGCGUGGAUGGUGGAAGGACUCAAGCAAGCAGCUUAAUGAAAAGUCAGAGACAAGUCACCACAGAGAGCAGAGAGACGAGAAAUCACAAGCUAAACCGGAUGAUAAUACUUUCCGGAGAAGAGAUGAUUUUUCUGAAAGAAAAGAUAAUCGACCUCCUAACUCGAGGAAAAGACCUGCAUUUAGGGAGAAUAAGAUUCCAAUGGAUUCAGGAGAUGCUAAUCUGGCUGCAGCAGUGGCAGUAAAGUCAAGCCAGAUUGACCACCCUCUAGGAAGGAAUGACAGGAAGAAGGAGGAAAGAAGCAGCAAUCUACACCAUUUGGAUAGACCUGAGAAGCCUCUUGCAGAUGACAGAGCACCUAACAAGGUUGGAGCUAGGAGAGAUGGGUUUCCAUCAAGAGGAAGAAGGUAUGGGGGCAAUGACAGCUACAGGGGAAGAGAUAAGUUUAAUGGAAGACAAGGUUAUCGUCCGGAUAAGACGCAAACUGAGAAGUGGAAGCAUGAUUUGUAUCAAGAUGUAAGUAAGGAUCCUAUUCCACACAAUGAGGAUGACCAGAUUGCAAAGCUGGAAGCACUCUUGGCAUCAUAA